UCUCACAUUUGUAUUUGCCGGAUUCGAAAAUAGUAAGAGCUUGCCGCUAGGGUUCUUCCUGUUUCCCUGUCCGUUCCUAUUUGGACGACAACCCCAAAUCCCAAACCCACCCAAGAAGAAAGGGGAAAGCAAAAGAAGGUGCCUGGAGGCUAGGGUUUCUCGACGCCUCCACCGCCCUCUCCGCCAUGGACGCGCAGCGAGCUCUCCUCGACGAGCUAAUGGGCACAGCCCGCAACCUGACGGAGGAGGAGAAGAAGGGGCACAAGGAGCUGAAGUGGGACGAUCCCGACGUGUGCGCCCCCUACAUGGCCCGAUUCUGCCCCCACGACCUCUUCAUUAACACCAAAAGCAACCUCGGGCCGUGUUUGAGGAUCCAUGAUCCGAAGCUCAAGGAGAGCUUUGAGAAGUCUCCCAGGCAUGAUAGUUAUAUGCGUAAGUUUGAGGCAGAGCUUGCACAACAAUGUGAGAAAUUGGUAAUGGAUUUGGAUAGAAAAAUAAGGCGUGGUCGAGAAAGGUUGGCUCAAGAUUCUGCUGUGCCAAUGCCAAUACCUGGAAAAAUAGCUGAGCAGCUCUCAGCGCGAGAAGAACAGGUGAAGAAGCUGCUUGAGCAAAUCGAGGAGCUUGGUGAGGCUGGUAAAGUGGAUGAAGCUGAGGCACUUAUGAGGAGGGUAGACAUUCUAAACGCUGAGAAGACAGCUUUAGCUAACCAAGCUGACAACAAAGUGGCCAUGCUUGAGAAGAAGAUGGAACUUUGCGAAACAUGUGGAUCAUUCUUAGUUGCUGAUGAUGCUCUUGAGAGGACGCAGUCUCAUGUGACUGGGAAACAGCACAUAGGUUAUGGCAUGGUUAGAGAUUUCCUAACGGAAUACAAGGCUGCAAAAGAGAAGGCGAAAGAGGAAGAGAGGCUUGCAAGGGAGCAGAAAGCAGAGGAACGUCGGAAACAGAGGGGCAAAGAGUAUGAUAGUGGGGGCAGGGACAGUGGUAUCCGGAGGGAGAGGUCUAGCGAUCGUGACUAUGACCGUGAUCGUCAGUAUGAGCGAAGCCGUGGAAGAGAUAGGCCCUAUGAUCACAGAGAUAGAGGAUCAGAAUAUCGAAAUAAUUCCUUCAGAAAUGGGAGGGAUUCCGAAAGAGGCGGGCAUAGAUACAGGAGUGGUGAUAUGACAAACGACCGAGGGAGAAUGCGGAGCAGGUCACGUUCUCCAAACAGGCAUGGCUAUGGAAGGUCUAGAAGUCCAGAUCAUUAGCUGAACAUUUAGAUAGUUUUAUUCACAUUUGGGACUCAUGAGCUCUGUUGGAACCCUACAGUCUUCCUUUUUACAUGGCAAAAAAAAUCUCAGGUAGGUAUCGAUUGUCCUUCCAACAAUUUUUGUGUCUCUGAUAUUUAUAUGUAUGCUGAAGCUUUGUUUCGAUAUUUGGAAUCGAAAGUUAUUUUCUAAAAGCUGAAAAUUAGUGCAAUGAGACAAGUACUGGACUUCAUUUUGGAUGCUGAUGUUUACAUCCAAUGGCAGGUAACCUUGAACAUUAAUGUUUUCAUAUUGCACAACUUUUUAUUCCCCUCAUAACUUUGCUAGAAACCUUUUUAAUUUUGCUCAGUUGUGAUUGGUCACUCGUUGCCUUAGAUUUUUACACCACUCAGGCCAGGUACCUGUUUCUGCCAAAGAUUAUGUGUGAUUGGGAUUUUUGUAGAUAUAAUUGUUAUGAAGUAGUGUUGUCUUGAGGAAGAACAGUCCUACGAAAUGAUCAUGGAUAUAUUCUAAUCACCGACAUAUUCUUUUUGAAACCUUGUAGUAGCUCUACAAGAGAUCAGGUUUGUGUUGUACAUAACCCCUGCUAAGAACCACCAGGAUUGGAGGGUUCUUGACUGUCUGGUUAUUGGCUCCAAGUCUAGCUCAAAGAGGUUCUGUUUCCACACAUAAUAUUAGAUGACUUCCGACAAGUUGUAGGGGCCUGUAAUUGGUAUGCUAUUAUAGUAGAGGUACAGUGUCGUCUGAAUAUGCAAUACUACUAUAUCUGCUUGGGCUUCUCUGACAAGUCACACUUUGGAUCAAUUGGCGUUAUGAUUUCCUGGACCAAUGUCUUACUGAUGUCAUGAUGUUCAUGUGACAUUCCUAAACGGCUACGUUUCCUUUCUAUCCUUGGCCAUAGUUCAGUUGUGCGGAGGCUUCCCUGUUUGGCAAUGAGAGAGAAUGCUAAGCCAGGUUCUUUGGCACAAUGAACUGUAUGUGAACUGAAGGUGUCUAAUUAUUAGAAAAAUUAGAUUGAUCUCCCUAACAUGUGGCCAGGUGAUUUCCAUGUGCUAUGUUGAUAAUAAUUGAAGGUGGGUAGGUGCUGACGGAAGUGAGCAGCAGACAGUUCGCUCGUGCCAUUUUAGUUCAGUUCAUGCCUUUCAGGGUACGCGGACGCGGUGUACAACCUCAUUUGAAGCCAAGUGCUGGGACAUUGCUGAUGCUGGAAUUAGGGGUCUCGGCCCUAAACUAGUCCCAGGUUCAGUCUGAAGCAUCCGGAUGCUAAAUGAUCGCGAUGUCUGCUGCGACGAUUAUCCAGGUUCAAUGAUGUGAAGCGCCCCAAUGCUAAUUGUUAGCGAUGUUUGCUGCGACGAGUCAUCCUUGUAUGGGGUUGUUCGGUUUAAACAGUUAGUUCAUCUAGAGUCCAUUAGGGUCGUAGGAGUUUUUGGUUCCCCUCUGUUUCAAAUAUAAGUUGUUUUGGUAGAUA